UCCACCGCAACAAAUUCUUUUUCACCUCACAGCUCCAUGGAGUAGCAGACAUAUAAAGUGCUACUUAAAAUUCUGAAAGUCAGAUGUGUGUCAACAAUCUAACCUGUAAAACAAUUGAGCACUGCUGUUCAAAUUGUAUUUUAUUUGUUACAUUUUUAUUAGAAAUACUGUGGAGUUCUUUUUACGGAAGAAAACGUCGUAAAUGUUGUGCCUAGUAAAUGGCUUAAGGAGGGGAAGUGCUAUUGGCCUGGCAACCUGGCUGGCAUUAGAUGCGAGGAGCCAGGCCCUGGAUGGAAGCUAUUUAAUGUCCGGGUCCUAUUUCAGAAAGACGAGUACACUGCCGCCACCCUAAAAUUAGAAUAUCUCAAAGAUGGUACUGAAUGCCUACAGUCUGAGUCUGAGGAGGAUCCAAAACGACGACGCAAAGAAAAUUCUAGAUAUGACAGCGAUUCUGACCCAAUAGUGGUGUCAAAGGGAACCAUGUCCAAAGGAACUGUGAAGGAAAAAUAUCCCCCACAUCUGGCAUUACCUGCUGUACCCCCUUUACCACCACUCCCCAACUGUGACAACUAUCAGGAACAUACACUCACUGACAUUAGCUGGAGCGUCAGAAAGGAGUCAGCACAGGCCGGAAUAUCAGCGUCAGGCUCAAGCAUGGGCAAUGGGUUUUUAAUGAGUCCAGCUGAGCACUCAUUCUCACAAGCAAUUAACCAAGGGUCCCCCUGUGACUUCUUUCCUGAACUACCUACAUUUUCUGAUGGUGACAGUAGGGAACAGGGCUUCUUCUUCAGGCCCUCUGUUAGGGUGAGCAAUGGUACUGGCCCCAUUAGAUGCACAGAGGCACAGUUACAUGGCCUGCUUCUACUUGAAAAUAUAAAGCAGCAAGUAACACAAAUUGCCACCACCGUCAACAAAGUCUUAAAUAGACUUACCACGGAAGGACACCCCAACCACGAAAUGCCGGAAGAGUUCCAGUUCCCCAUAGACAGCGAGGGAGAACUUCAACGUCUGGAGGAAUGGCUCCGGGAUCCGGCAAAUGACCGGAAAAAACAUGCUAUGGUGAUCUCCCUCUCCUCCGUUGGUGGUGUAGACGUUAAGAGGGUCACAUGGAACAUUUUAGCCAAAAUUUUUAGCUGUGCCGUGGCCAAAAAGGUGAACUGGAAGGGUGUCCAUGGACAAUUCGGGUUCCAGAAGAUGGCCUCCAAAACAAUCCUUACCAGAGCAGUACGCAAGUGUCCAGUAACGGCCCAGGUAACAGACACAGAAAUCCACCAGUGCGCCAUACGCUGGUUUGCACUGGCGCACGACCGGGAGGGGGGCCGUACCAAGCGCCAGCGCCAGCGUGAAGAACAAGAAGCCAGCUAUUAAUUUUUUAAUUAAUUUUUUUAUGUUCAUGUUUUGAAUGGGUUUUAGCCUAUGUUCAUGUUUUCAAUGGAGGGGGGCCGUAGCAAGUGCCAGCGCACAAGAAGCCAGCUAGAUGAAUUGUUUUGU